AUGGCCGAAAGCACACUAUGUGUAAUUUGUUUGACUCCUCUGGUUGGAACGACUGGAAGUCCUCUAACAUGCGGCCACGAGUUCCACAUUGGCUGUCUGCAAAUAUGGAGUAAGAGUAAUUCGAUUUAUGGCAGAUGCAAAUGUCCUCUGGCCACCUGUGGCCAAAUAUUCGACUGCAUGCAGGUUAAAGCAGCCAUUCCGGGUGAGAGGCCGAAAUAUUUGCCCGUUGAAGAUAACUAUGUCUGCAAGAACUGCUCUCGUUUACUCAACUCACCGGCGUUCUCGACCAAUGGAUGCGAGCAUUACUUCUGUGCGAAGUGCAUUUCAGAGCUCAGGAAUAAGAGGCCCAUUUGUCCUGUCGAAAAAUCGGUAUUCACUGAUAUUAAGGUAUCCGCUUGUGUUGGAGCUCCAAUAGUGGCCACGAUUACUUUGGCAAAUACUCGUUCUCCACUAAGCGGUGACGACCUUGAAAAUAUCUUCAACCUCUUAAAUUGA